AGGGCACACCAGGAGGGGCUCUCCAACAACUAGCCCCAUGAAGAGCCGGCAAAAAGUUGUCUUUUGGGGGUCGCCAUCAAAGUAAAAUCAGGUGAGGAAUCACAAUGGGGCAGGCUGAAGCCUUUUCUCGUCCCUUGAGUCGAAACGAAGUUGUUGGUUUAAUUUUCCGUUUGACAAUAUUUGGGGCAGUCACGUACUUUACCAUCAAAUGGAUGGUAGAUGCAAUUGAUCCAACCAGAAAACAAAAAGUAGAAGCUCAGAAACAGGCGGAAAAGCUAAUGAAGCAAAUUGGUGUGAAAAACGUGAAGCUUUCCGAAUAUGAGAUGAGCAUCGCCGCACAUCUAGUUGACCCUCUUAACAUGCAUGUGACCUGGAGUGAUAUAGCAGGCUUAGAUGAUGUCAUUACCGAUUUGAAGGACACAGUCAUUUUGCCCAUCAAGAAGAAGCAUCUCUUUGAAAAUUCCAGGCUCCUGCAGCCUCCAAAAGGCGUUCUCCUCUACGGUCCUCCAGGCUGUGGUAAGACACUGAUCGCCAAGGCUACCGCCAAGGAAGCCGGGUGUCGCUUUAUUAACCUCCAGCCUUCAACAUUGACUGAUAAAUGGUAUGGAGAAUCUCAGAAACUGGCAGCUGCCGUUUUCUCUCUUGCCAUAAAGCUCCAGCCCUCCAUCAUCUUCAUAGAUGAAAUAGACUCCUUCCUUCGAAACCGUUCCAGUUCUGACCAUGAAGCCACGGCCAUGAUGAAAGCUCAAUUCAUGAGUCUUUGGGACGGGCUGGAUACUGAUUACAGCUGCCAGGUGAUCGUGAUGGGGGCCACUAAUCGUCCUCAGGAUCUUGACUCGGCCAUUAUGAGAAGAAUGCCUACGAGAUUUCAUAUCAACCAACCUGCUCUAAAACAGAGAGAGGCGAUCUUGAACUUGAUUUUGAAGAACGAAAAUGUCGACGGCGGUGUGAACCUGCUAGAAGUUGCUAAAGAAACCGACGGGUUUUCAGGAAGCGAUUUGAAAGAGAUGUGCCGGGAUGCAGCGCUCCUGUGUGUGAGGGAAUAUGUCAAUUCCACAGCGGAAGAAAGCCACGAGGACGAUGCAAUCCGGCCAGUGCAACAGCAGGACCUGCAUCGGGCAAUCGAGAAGAUGAAGAAGUCCAAGGAGGCAGCCUUUCAGAACGUUUUAGCGCAUGUUUGUGUAGACUAAGAGUAAAGGGCAUCUCUUGGAGCCGUCUGGGUUUGGCGUGGGCCCUCUUAAAGAGCGAGAGGAGGGAGUGUCUUGGAAGAAAAGGGGAGAGUCUCGCGUCAUUUCGGACUUUGGGCUCGUACUGGAAAUUCUAAGUUAUUUGUGAACACGGCCAUCCUGUGAACGCUGUGGCCUGGGUGGUACAUCGGGGGGGAGGAACCGACUGCUUGCGCGUCGGCCCCUUCUACCUUUCAGUGUGUCCAGAGGUUUGAAAGUGAUGCAUUACUUCACGAGUCAUCUGUGGCAGAGGGGAUGGGAGCAAGUGCUAGUUACUGUUUAUAUGUGUGUAUGAGUAUAUGUGGGGGUGGGGGGUAUACAUUAAAUGUAUAACCCUACCCAUUUUAUAUUGACAUAUUCUAUAGAUACAUUGAAAUACCGAUUUUUUUUUUACCCGACUAUUAAAUUACUCAGUGCAGUUAAAGAGAAACAAAUGACAUGAUCUCAGUGUGUUACAAGACUCGUUUCACCUCUUUCUCACGUGGUAUUGGCAGAAUCGUCUUAAAUUUUAGAGGAACUUAAACGAACGGGGGAUGGGCGACUUUUUCGUGUGAAUGUGUCGGAAAUCUCCCAGUGCCAUUCAGUUAACACGUGACCCUCUUGGGACGUUUUUCUUUUGAUAUGAAAAUCCGUUCAAUGAUUGUUGAAAGUGUGCUUUUUGAGUUGUUUUCUUUAAUAAUGGGUAAAUAUAAUUUAGCGAAAAAAUAAUGGCUUUAUUUAACAGUUUAAAAUAAGUAAAUGUGAUAUAAAACUCCAAAGGUGUUAAAUAUUGUGCUAAAAUCUUUUGUAACUUUAAUUUUUUCUUUUAUUUUCCUAUAGCAAUGUUCCAAGUGGUGCACUAGACAGGGGCACUUAUGCUUAUCAAAAUUCCCCAAUACUGGAGGAGUUGAUAGUGUUUUAAAGAGAAUUGUCUGUGUAUUGCGUAUGUAUUUGGGAUGAGGAGCAGGGAGGUGUGCAUGGAACAGAUGCGGGACACUGAAAAGCAAAUUGCCAAGGGUGGGGAAAGAAGAAUGAAAAGACCAUCCAGUGAGCCAAGCAAGACUCCAAGGAAUCUCACCCAAAGUUCUCCGAGCCUAUUUUACACCAUUGUUGUUGUGUAAGCGCAUAAUAAAGGACUCCUCCUCUGCCUGGAGAACUUCUCCAAUGAA